UGGAAACCAGUCUAAUAAAAACACGGAAGUAACUAAUAAGUCAGAGUCCUAUGACUAUAUAUCAAUAUAAACACAUUGAUUCAUGUUUACCUGAUGUAUUAAGCAAUCGGUUGCCUUUGGAUUAACUCGCAAAAUGUUUAGCAGCUCACCAAAUUACAAUAAACUGAAAACAAAUUUACGUUUAACAAUAAAUCGGUUGAAACUUUUGGAAAAGAAAAAGACAGAAAUUGGACAAAAGGCCAGAAAAGAAAUCGCAGAUUAUAUUUCAGGUGGCAAAGAUGACCGGGCCAGGAUCAGGGUUGAGCACAUUGUCCGAGAGGACUAUCUUGUUGAAGCAAUGGAAUUACUAGAAAUGUAUUGUGAUUUACUGUUAGCCAGAUUUGGUCUGAUACAGACUCAAAAAGAGUUGGAUCCAGGACUUGAAGAGGCAAUAGCAAGUAUGAUAUGGGCAGCACCAAGACUUCAAACAGACUGUGCUGAACUUAAAACUAUUGCUGAUGAAUUUUCAAGAAAAUAUGGAAAAGAGUUUGGACAAGCUUGUCGCACAAAUGCAUUGAACAAUGUUAGUGAAAAAGUGAUGCAUAAACUAGGUGUUCAAGCACCACCCAAAAUUCUUAUUGAGAGAUACAUGAUUGAGAUAGCAAGAUCAUACAAUGUGCCCUUUGAGCCGGAUGCAUCUGUUAUGGCACAAGAUGAAAUCUUCUCAGCUGAGAAUUUGCUGAUUGAUUUAGAUGAGAAUCAGAAAGGUGGUGGUGGGUCAGGUGGCUAUGGUGGUGGUGGGUCAGGUGGCUAUGGUGGUGGUGGCGGUGGCUAUGGUGCUGGCGGCAUUGGUGGAGGUGGGUUUAUUGAACCUCAGAAGUACCCUCCACAGCCUCAGCCUCCCGGACCUCCGUCACAAGGAGCCAUGUACUACCCUCCACCUCAGUCACAACAGCCUCAGAAUGAGUACAAGAUGCCUCCCCCUGUACCAAGCGUUCCUGCAGCGGGCAGUCCUGGAUACCCGCCCCCUGGGUCAGGUAUAUCGGCAUCUGCACCACCAAAUGAGCAUUCUCCACCCCCAGCUUACAGUACACGCCCCCCAUCUCCUAAACAAGUGCAAAGACCUAUGGACAGUUUUCCUGACCUACCAGCUGUACCAAACAGUACAUUACCAGACCCGCCUGGAUCAACAUCUGCUGGUGGUGAUGACGUUGAUUUCGAUGACUUGUCACGAAGAUUCGAAGAGUUAAAGAAGAAGAAGUGAUGUGAUAUGAAUAUGAUUAAACAAUGGAGAAAAAACUUUUAAUAUACACGGUAUUUCUGGGCACUAUCAUUGGUGAUUUUGUGUAUCUAUGAAUCAAUAUUUAAUUAAUAUUUGAUGGCAUACGAUAUAUUAUGAAUUAUUUUCAUGAAUUUAUCAAAUUCUUGAAAAUAAGUAGUUCAGUUUUAUUUCAUUGCAAUCAUUACAACAUUUAUCAAAUUUUUUUAUGAUGAUGAUGAAUGCACAUUUUGAAAUUUAAAUCAUGUGAAUCCUAUUCAUUUGUGCUGUAAAUAGAACAACACUCCUGAAAUGUUUUUUCUCUUUGAUUUCGAGAUUUUUUUUCACAAUAUAGAUUUUUAGAUUUUCUAUAUAUAUAAACAUCAAAAUUUAAGAUCAAAUAUCAAAAUUAUCGAAGUACAAUUUUUUUAAAAUUCAGUUAAUAAUAAUUCUUAACUUUGUACUAUUCAAUUUAUUUUUUUAUAUAUAAAUCUUAAAUCAUUUUUUUAUGAAUACAAAAUGAUUAAAUAUGUAAUAUGUAUAGUAUUUUCUUACAGAAUUAAGAUUAAACAGUAAUUGUUAAGCUUUAGUAAUUAGUACUAAAUACACAAAUUAAAGACUUUAUUUUAUUUUAUAAUUAUACAUGCACUAGUAUAUUAAUAUUGUAGGUGCCUUGUCUGUGUAUUUUGUCAUCUGAUGUGUAUGUUUUAAUUUCAUACCUAUACAUGUAUCAACCUUGUUUUUGGUUCAAUGUUGUCAUUGUUAAUAAAUUAAAUAGCUUUUUUUUUUACAAAUGAA